CGUUCGUAUGCUCCAUGUGCGGAAUGGAGCUGCAUUUCUGAAGCUGGACCCCAGCCUUUGAACAUGUCAGGCAGCUUGGCAGGCUCUGAGCUCUCAAAUCCUGUGCCGCUACCACCUUCGUCUUUGCGUAUCGGAAAAUCGGCAAUAUUCAGGAGUCUGAGAAAGCAAGGCAUUCUCAACUCCUGCAUUCUUCGAACUAGCUGACUGGUCAGCGCAAAUUGACGAUAUCCCCUCGGACUGUGCUCCAGCUGCUGGCCAGGCUCCCGCCAAAAUGACUCCCUGAAACUGCUCAAGAGUAUUUGCCUUCCAACCAGUUCCAAGUCUUCCAAAGGGUGAACACUGGCAUGAAAUCAAUGAAAGCGUUGAACCAGUGUGUAUUCUUGGCUUUGCUAGUCAAGGGGUUUUAUGACAGUGGCAACGUGCUUGCUCACAACGAAGAUCCAGUUGAGCUCGUGCACAAAUCCAGCUUGGAUGGAACAACAACACAGUAUUCAGGCUUUGGUAGACUGCACAGACUCUUUGUAUUUGGCGACUCGAUCUCCGAAACUGGCUUCUCAACAAACGGUAACACUCCUUCGGCGCAGAAUCCUCUCGGCAAUCCAGACUUUCCCGGCAACACAACGGCAUGGGGUAUGAAUUGGGUUGGUGCGUUGGUCAAAUCUUCGAAAGGUCUGGUUACUUGGAAUUUCGCUUCUCCAGGCUCGCCAGUCGACAACAACGUACUGAACGCUAUACGGUUUGGCCAUUUGCGUGACUUUGCUGAGCAAGUGUCCAUUUUCAAGCGUGAUUGCACAGGGUCAGGUGCAAAAGUAGAUUGGUCCAGCAGUGAUUCGCUCUUUUUGUCUAUGUAUGGACAAAUAGAUCUGAACAUCCUCAUGCUUGACGGCUUGCCAUUGCUCACAAACAUCGAUGCGGUUGCUGCAUUCGAGAAAAAUGCAAAAGCGACAAUCGAGAAGAUACUCCACAGCUACUUACAAAACUGGGAGCAACUCUACGGCCUCGGUGCACGCAACUUUUUCGCCAUCACUCCUAUCCAGUUUACGGCUGUGCCUUUCAGUUUGAAGUAUGUUCAAUUGGCGAUUGAUCAACACGGCGAACCCAUUGGAGACGCUUUUCUUCCUGCCCUGGGUCGUGUUGCUGCGAAUCUCAAUGACAGGCUUGCAGUCCUCAGCUCUGCCUUCCAGGAAACUCACAGAGGUUCGAAAGUCUUCUUCAUGGACGCCACUGCGCUUAUGGAGGACGUCAUCGCUAAUCCAAGCCUUUUCGGCUAUCACAAGGUCGACACGUUCUGUCCUACAUAUCAAAACCUGAGGUAUAUCAAUUCUCAGUAUCCAGAUCCCCCUACCGAAGCAGCAAAGCUGGCCUGUUCCGGCCUGGAUGUCGGUCAGUGGCUGUGGCUCGAUGAACAUCACCCAACAUCGCCCUUUCACGUUCAUCUGGCCAAAAGGCUCUAUGCUGUCCUGCUGGCAUAGACCGCCAUGAGCAAAAGUUGAUCUAUCAAGAUAUUCCGUCCGUAUAUGUUAUCAUUUGAAGCUUUGCGUCGCCAUCC